AUGGCUACCAUUCGCCCCAUCCUGGCCUUAGCUAGUGACAAACACCCUAGAUUCCAAAACUAUUGGAAAAAGAACCCUAAGCAAACAUAUUUAGGUUUAAAUUUGAUUAAACCGUUUCCAGGAUUAUGUAUCCUUUCGAGGGUGAGGAUUAUUCUAAUGUGGAAUUUGGAGGUCGCGAUUGUUCAGGGCUCUCAACAAUAUUGGAUUUGUUCCAAGCGUUGCAGCGACAAUACAUCUUUGUUGGCAGGCAACGAGGUCGUCUUCGCCUUGAAGACUGCUUCCGAUCUGCUCGUAAAUAGCUUUAUUGUU